ACAAAACGGUUACUUUUUAUUUCAGUAAAACGAACUGCCCCCAAAUUUAACGAUCCCGAUCCAUGAGCGGAAGCGAGGGCAGCUCAGGGAACCAUGCCGCCGGAGAGGCGCCGCCUCCGCCUUCCGAUAGAGAGAAGAAGAAGGAGAAGGCGCGCGUGAGCCGGACGUCGCUGAUUCUCUGGCACGCGCACCAGAACGACACCGCGGCGGUGCGGAAGCUGCUCGAGGAGGACCCGUCCCUGGUGGCCGCUAGAGACUACGACGACCGCACGCCGCUGCACGUGGCUGCGAUCCACGGCUGGAUCGACGUUGCCAAGUGUUUGAUUGACUACCAAGCAGAUGUCAACGCACUAGAUCGCUGGAAAAACACGCCUUUAGCUGAUGCCGAAGGAGCAAAAAGAUCGGUCAUGGUUGAAUUAUUAAAAUCCCAUGGUGGAGAAUCGUAUGGCCAGAAUGGAAGUCACUUUGAACCAAGACCUGUACCACCUCCUCUGCCCAACAAGUGCGAUUGGGAGAUAGACCCUGAAGAACUUGAUUUCUCUAACUCAACUCUUGUGGGGAAGGGCUCUUUUGGUGAGAUACUAAAAGCUAGUUGGCGGGGCACACCAGUAGCUGUGAAGCGAAUUCUUCCAAGCCUUUCAGAUGACAGAUUAGUGAUUCAGGACUUCAGACAUGAGGUCAAUUUGCUUGUGAAGCUUCGUCAUCCAAAUAUUGUCCAGUUUCUAGGUGCUGUUACUGACAAGAAGCCCUUAAUGUUAGUUACAGAGUACUUGAGAGGGGGUGAUCUGCAUCAACAUCUAAAGGGAAAAGGGGCACUGAGUCCUGCAACUGCAAUUAAUUUUGCUAUGGACAUUGCCAGAGGCAUGGCUUAUCUCCACAGUGAGCCAAAUGUUAUAGUACACAGAGAUCUUAAACCAAGGAAUGUUCUACUUGUGAAUAGCAGUGCUGACCAUCUAAAAGUGGGAGAUUUCGGGUUAAGCAAGCUCAUCAGGGUAAAACAUUCUCAUGAUGUUUACAAAAUGACUGGCGAGACUGGAAGCUACCGUUACAUGGCACCUGAAGUCUUCAAGCACAGGAAAUAUGACAAGAAAGUCGAUGUUUUUUCUUUUGGGAUGAUAUUAUACGAGAUGCUUGAGGGAGACCCUCCAAUGUCAAAUUAUGAGCCAUACGAAGCAGCCAGAUAUGUAGCAGAAGGACACAGGCCAAUAUUUAGGUCAACAAAAAUUAUUCCUGAACUAAAAGAGUUAACUGCACAGUGCUGGUCUGCAGACAUGAACCAGAGACCACCUUUCUUGGAGAUUUUGAAGACACUCGAAAAGUUAAAGGAAGUAGUACCCCCUGAUAAUCACUGGCACCUAUUUGCGUCAUGAAGGACUUGGAUCUCAAUGGAUGUUGCUGGGUGCGGUAAUGCUUUACAUGGAAUUCGGCAGAACUAGCUACGUUGUGAUUCCCUCAUUAUUAUGAAGUUAUGUUCUUGUUGGUGUACAUGUGUUGUGAGUGCUCUGUUUAUUUCUUUCGUCAUUUAUUCCCUUUCUUGACCAUGACGCAUUGCAGCACAAGCUGAGAAACUCGACAUACGCUAAUGAAAAAUUAUGUUUGCUUCUGUCA